ACCUCAGGUGAGCCUGCGUCAUUCCCAGGGGGAUCCGCUGGUGUACCUAUCCUGCUGGUUCCAGGUAAGCCUUUUUACUGCUAUAGCAACUGGUCUCUGAACCUGACCCUAAACACCAUGACAGUCAGGCUCGACAGCAGGCACCGGGUCAUCUGGCGCUGGUGGAUCGUAUGGCUCGACAGGUGGGCAUCGGGGUCACCAGGCAUGACAGCAGGCACUGGGUCAUCAGGUACCGAAUCGUCUGGAUUGACAGCGGGCACCGGGUCAUCAGGCAUUUGAUCGUCUGCCCUCGACAGCGGGCAUCGUAGUCACCAGGCUGGGUCAUCAGGCAUUGGAUCGUCUGGCUCGACAGCAGGCAUCGGGUCACCGAGGUAUGACAGCCGGACACUAGGGUCAUCAGGCGUGAUAGGAUCAUCAGGCUGGAUCAUUUCAUCAGGCUGGGUACAGACAUCAGGCUGGGUAGAGACAUCAGGCUGA